GAUCUUUAAACAGGAGCGAGGGAGGAAAACCAAGGACAAGAUGUUCAGCUUUGUUCAUCUGAGCGUUCAGGAGUUUCUGGCUGCUGUUCACAUGAUGCUCUGUUACACCAACGGGAAGAUGGAAGCACUGGAGGAGUUAUGGGUAAAGGCUGCAGAAUUACAAAGUUAGACAACCUCUUGUACAACACCAUUCAAAAAUCCCUCCUCAGUCCAAGUGGCCACCUGGACCUGUUUGUUCGCUUCCUUCAUGGCCUCUGUCUGGAGUCCAACCAGAGAAUCUUAGGAGGUUUGCUGGGUCACACAGAGAACAGUCCAGAAACCAUCCAGAGAAUCAUCAACAACCUGAAGAAGAUGAACAGUGAUAGAAUCUGUCCAGACAGAAGCAUCAACAUCUUCCACUGUCUGAUGGAGAUGAACGACCACUCAGUCCAUCAGCAGAUCCAAGAGUUCCUGAAGUCAGAGAACAGAUCAGAGAAGGAACUCUCCUUGAUCCAGUGCUCAGCUCUGGCCUACAUGCUGCAGAUGUCAGAGGAGGUUCUGGAUGAGUUGGACCUGAACAAGUACAACACAUCAGAGGAGGGACGACUGAGACUGAUUCCAGCUGUGAGGAACUGCAGAAAGUUUAAACUUUCUGACUGUGAACUCACAGAGACUCACUGUGAAGUUGUGGCCUCAGCUCUGAAGUCCAACUCGUCACAUCUGACACAUCUGGACCUGAGCUUUAACAACCUGCAGGACUCAUCAGUGAAGGUUCUGUGUGUUGGACUGGAGAGUCCUCACUGUCGACUGGAGACUCUGAGAUUAAGCGGCUGCAGGUUAUCAGAGAUCAGCUGUGAUUCUCUGGUCUCAGCUCUGAAAUCCAACUCGUCACAUCUGACACAACUGGACCUGAGUGGAAAUAACCUGCAGGAUUCAGGAGUGAAGCAUCUGUGUGGUUUUCUGGAGAGUCGUCACUGUCGACUGGAGACUCUGGGAUUGAAUGGCUGCAGUUUGUCAGAGAUCAGCUGUGAUUCUCUGGUCUCAGCUCUGAAGUCCAACCCGUCACAUCUGACACAACUGGACCUGAGUAACAACAAGCUGCAGGAUUCAGGAGUGAAGCAUCUGUGUGGUUUUCUGGAGAGUCGUCACUGUCGACUGGAGACUCUGAGAUUGAGUGGCUGCAGUUUGUCAGAGAUCAGCUGUGAUUCUCUGGUUUCAGCUCUGAAGUCCAACCUGUCACAACUGAAACAUCUGGACUUGAGCUGGAACAAGCUGCAGGAUUCAGGAGUGAAGCGUCUGUGUGGUUUUCUGGAGAGUCGUCACUGUCGACUGGAGACUCUGAGAUUGAGUGGUUGCAGUUUGUCAGAGAUCAGCUGUGAUUCUCUGGUCUCAGCUCUGAAGUCCAACCCGUCACAUCUGACACAACUGGACCUGAGCUUCAACAAACUGCGAUAUUCAGGAGUGAAGGCUCUCUGUGACCUGGUGCAGAGUCCAGACUAUGGACUGCAGACUCUGAGGUGGAGAAGUUCUGAUAGGUCCAUGUUACCGGGAGCAGAGCGUCCUACACAACAGACUGAAACAGGAGCCAGAACAAGUGAACAAAUGAAGUGGUAGUAUUUAGACAUCGGUGACAGUGUUGACUGUAAUUACUCUUGUUAAAGCCUCUCUCUUACGUGGUCACGUGAUUUGAUACUCGCUCAAGACGCUACUCCUCGACACUUCCGCUUAAAAAAAACAAUACUGUGUCGAACGGGACUGUUUAAACUUCAUUUAGAGAGAACAGAGCGGAAGGAAGUUAAAUAAAUACCAAGAAGAAGAGGAAAAGUUGAGGUGAGUGAGUUUAACAACAUUACCUUUACUGAGUCUGUUUGUUAAUGUAGAGGAAGAACAGACACGAU